GCGCUGGUCUCUCGCCCAUUGUUCACUUCCUUAGACCCUCAGGUCUGCUGCUGCCCUUCCUAGAAGAGUCUACUAAAACAUACGCUUUACCCCACAUUGCUACUUACAUAUUUACUUCCCCCAACGCCCAUAAUGGCGUUAACCAUGCAUCGCCUGCUGGCGGUCAUGAGCUUGCUAUUGCUCAUGGUCACAGCAUUCCCAGCUACCUCCGCCGCUCCUUCCAAACGAGCUACCUCAUACUGGCAGUCAGAUAUCAAGCGCCAAGGCACUGUCGCAUACGGCGAUUCCUCUUUCAAGAUCUUCCGCAAUGUCAAGGACUUCGGCGCCAAGGGAGAUGGAACCACCGAUGACACCGCUGCUAUCAACGCUGCUAUCUCUACUGGCAACCGCUGCGGCCAGGGCUGUGACUCCUCGACUGUCACCCCAGCUCUCAUCUACUUCCCCCCUGGAACCUACAUGGUCAGCAAGCCAUUGAACCAGUACUACUACACCCAAAUGAUUGGUGAUCUUUCUGCACCACCAACCUUGAAGGCCACCGCUGGCUUCGUCGGCAUGGCCGUCAUUGACGCAGACCCAUAUGCUGAUGGAGGCAUCAACUGGUUCACCAACCAGAACAACUUCUUCCGUCAGAUCCGCAACUUCGUCAUCGACCUGACCGCGAUGCCCGUCAACGUCGGUGCUGGUAUCCACUGGCAGGUCGCCCAGGCCACCAGUCUCCAGAACAUCGUUUUCAACAUGAGAACCGAUGGCGGCGCUGCCCUUGCCCAGGUCGGAAUCUUCAUGGACAACGGCUCCGGUGGUUUCAUGACCGACCUCACCUUCAACGGUGGAAAGUACGGUGCUUUCCUCGGAUCCCAGCAGUUCACCAGCCGCAACCUCAAGUUCAACAACUGCCAGACCGCCAUCUUCAUGAACUGGAACUGGGCAUGGACCUUCCACGGACUCGAUAUCAACAACUGCCAGAUCGGUCUUGACAUGGCCAACGGCGGUGCUUCUUCCCAGACCGUUGGCUCCGUCGUGGUCAUGGACUCCAAGAUCAGCAACACCCCUGUCGGAAUUACAACCGUCUACCACACUUCUGAGGGCGCCACCAACGGCACCCUGAUCAUUGAGAACGUCGAUAUGACUACCAACGUCCCAGUUGCCGUUAAGAACGCUGGCACCCAGGCCACCCUCCUUGCCGGAAACGCAAAGAUCGAUUCCUGGGUCCAGGGCCGCGAGUACAAGGCCGUCAACGCCGGAAAGGAUGUCCAGGGUUCCACCCACUCCACCUCCAAGCCCGCUGGCCUUGUCGGUGCUGAUGGCAGAGUCUUCGUCAAGUCCAAGCCUCAAUACGCCGAUGUCCCAACCUCUUCGUUCAUCUCCGUCAAGGACAGGGGAGCCAAGGGUGAUGGUGUCACUGAUGAUACUGCUGCUAUCCAGGCUAUUUUCAACUCCGCUACCGCAGGCCAGGUCGUCUACUUCGACCACGGUGCCUAUGUCAUCACCAAGACUGUCAACGUACCAAACAACAUCCGCAUCACUGGUGAAAUCUGGCCCCUCAUCAUGGCUGGUGGCGACUCGUUCUUCAAGGACCAAGCCAACCCCAAGCCAGUUUUCAAGGUUGGAAACGCCGGUGAAUCCGGCGCCGUCGAGAUCUCCGACCUCAUCUUCCAGACCCUCGGCCCCCAGCCCGGCGCGAUCCUGAUGGAGUGGAACCUCGGCCAGACCUCCCAAGGCUCCUCCGGUCUGUGGGACGUGCACUUCCGCAUCGGCGGCUCCGCCGGGACCAAGCUCCAGUCCAACACCUGCUCCAAGACCCCCCAGCAGACCACCCCCGCCAAGCCCGAGUGCGUCGCCGCAUUCCUCCUCCUCCACGUCACCGCCAAGGGCGCCGUGUACGUCGAGAACUGCUGGUUCUGGGUCGCGGAUCACGAGCUCGACCUCGCGGACCAUAACCAGAUCAACCUCUACAACGGCCGCGGCGUGCUCAUCGAGUCCAACCCCGGCCCAGUCUGGCUGUGGGGCACAAGCAGCGAGCACAACGUCCUAUACAACUACCAGGUCAACGCCGCCGCCAACGUCUUCAUGGGUCUGAUCCAGACCGAGACACCCUACUACCAAUCCAACCCCGACGCCUCCGUCCCGUUCACCGUCAACCCAGCCUUCAGCGACCCAGACCUCACCCAGGGCUCCUCCAGGACCAAGAAGGCAUGGGGUGUUCGCGUCCGCAACUCAAACAACGUCUACAUCUACGGCGCGGGCCUGUACUCCUUCUUCGACAACUACGACCAGGUCUGCCUCGACACCGCCAGCUGCCAGGAUAACAUGGUCUCCAUCGAGUCCUCGAGCAAUAUCCAGAUGCUCGCUCUCAGCACUAAGGCUGCUACCAACAUGGUCACCGUCAAUGGCCAGUCCGCUGCGCUCGACAAGGAUAAUCGCAAUAACUUCUGCGCCGCGAUCGCCGUCUUCGCUCUGGCCUAAUCACUGCUGUAGACACUACGCGCUCAGUUUCUACCGCUUCCACCAACA